AUGUCAACAUAUGACCAAGUGGAGAUUGAGGAUAUGAUGUUUGAUACGUCAACUCAAACGUUUUCGUACCCAUGCCCGUGCGGUGACAAGUUUCAAAUUUAUAUAGACGACAUGUUUGACGGAGAGAAUAUCGCAGUGUGUCCCAGUUGCUCACUGAUGAUUGAAGUUAUUUUUGAAAAAGAAGACUUGCAAGAGUACUACGAGGAAGCGGGCAGUCAGCCGCCGGAACCUAUUGCAGUCGCUGCAUGA